AUGUUUGUAGAGUGCAGCACAGAAAAGUCGAAAUGUGAACCAGAAAAUGGCGGAGGAACAGAAUUUAGUUGUAGGAGACGCGUCCCGAAAUAUAAUUUUAUUUGUUUUAAUAGUCAUUCUUAUUUAAAUGCUUAUUUAUGUUUUACUACAAUUUACGAUAUACUUUUGCAUUGUCUUUUUGCGAGAUGUGUUAGGGAUUUUGUUAAAGAGGUAAGACAACUAGAAUUGCUGUGCAAGCAAUUAUAUGAAUCCCAAAAUCCUGCUAAUAGAGCUGAAGCAGAAAAAGCACUGGUGAUCUUCCAAGAUGCUCCUGACACUCUCACUAAAUGUCAACUUCUUCUGGCCAGAGGAGAUUCUUGUUAUGCUCAAUUAUUGGCAGCAACAACUCUUACAAGACUUGUGUCUCGGAGUACACAGGGACUUACUAGGGAACAAAGAAUUGAUAUUCGCAUUUAUGUUUUGAAUUAUCUAGCAACUCGUCCAAAAUUACCAAAUUUUGUUAUUCAAGCACUGGUAACUUUAUUUGCCAAAAUAACAAAGCUAGGCUGGUUUGAUUGUGAAAAAGAAGAGUAUGUUUUUAGAAAUGUAGUUAGUGAUACCUCUAAAUUUUUACAAGGCUCUGUUGAGCAUUGCAUGAUUGGUGUACAGUUAUUAUCACAUUUAGUUUGUGAAAUGAAUCAAGUAUCUGAAUCUGAUGCCAAUAGAUCUUUGGCUAAACAUAGGAGGAUAGCAACUUCUUUUCGAGAUUUACAAUUAUAUGAAAUUUUUGAACUCUCUUGUUCAUUACUUACAACAGCAAGAGAAAACUGCAAAACAUUAAAUUUUAAUGAUGAAGCUCAGCACGCAUUAGUGACUCAAUUAUUAAGGUUAGCACACAAUUGUUUAACUUUUGACUUUAUUGGAACGUCGCCCGACGAAAGUUCAGACGAUCUUUGUACUGUUCAAAUACCUACCAGUUGGAGGCCAGCUUUUCUUGAUUUUUCAACAUUAAAACUUUUUUUCGAUUUGUAUCAUUCCUUGCCUGGAACAUUGUCUUCGUUGGCUUUGUCUUGUCUAGUUCAAUUAGCUUCAGUAAGGCGAUCUCUUUUUACCAAUUCUGAACGAACUAAAUUUUUAACCCACCUUGUCAAUGGAGUAAAACAUAUACUUCAGAAUCCUCAAGGUCUUAGUGAUCCGAGUAACUAUCAUGAGUUUUGCCGUUUAUUGGCAAGGCUAAAAUCAAAUUAUCAGCUUGGCGAACUCGUAACCGUUGAUAAUUAUCCUGAAGCAAUUCAGUUAAUAGCAAAAUUUACAGUGGAAAGUUUACAGAUGUGGCAGUUUGCCCCAAACAGUGUUCACUAUCUUCUUAGCUUGUGGCAACGUAUGGUGGCAUCCGUACCGUAUGUCAAAGCGCAAGAACCUCACUUGCUUGAUAUUUAUACCCCUGAAGUUACAAAAGCGUAUAUUACCUCCAGAUUGGAAUCCGUUGGCGUGGUAAUCAGGGAGGGAUUAGAAGAUCCUCUCAAUGAUUUAGGAAUGGUGCAACAGCAAUUGGAACAAUUGUCUGUGAUCGGUCGAUGUGAAUAUCAGAAGACUUGCUCUUUGUUAGUGCAGUUAUUUGAUCAGGCUGCAAGAGCUUAUCAAGAAUCUUUAACAGUUCCUUCUUCUUCUUCAUCUAUCGAAAUGAAUAUACAAGAAGGGAGGUUAUCAUGGCUUGUAUAUAUAAUUGGAUCAGCCAUAGCUGGGAGAGUAUCGUUUAGCAGCAAUGACGAAUUAGAUACUAUGGACGGAGAAUUAGUUUGCAGAGUCCUUCAAUUAAUGACUUUAACUGAUUCUCGAUUAGCCCAAGGAGGCUGUGAAAAAUUAGAGCAAGCCAUGCUUAGUUUUUUUGAACAUUUCAGAAAAAUUUACGUUGGAGAUCAGGUUAUUUAUAAAAGGCUGUCAAAAGUUUUGGGUCUUAGUGAUGAAUCAAUUGUUUUAAGUGGGUUCAUUAAAAAAAUAAGUGAACAAAUUAUUAGUAAAACUCUUCAACUGUUAAAUGAUCUUUCGGUCGGUUAUAGUUGUGUUAGAAAGCUUGUCAAACUAGAAGAAGUACAGUUUAUGCUCAAUAAUCAUACCAGUGAACACUUUCCAUUUUUGGGUAAUAACGUUGCGGUUAGCGAAAUGAGAUGCAGAUCAAUGUUUUACACUUCAUUAGGUAGAUUACUCAUGGUUGAUUUGGGAGAAGAUGAAGAAAGAUUUCAGAAUUUUAUGUUACCCCUCACAGCAACAUUUGAAUCAGUAGGCACAAUGCUGGCUUCGACCGAACCUCCUUUAUUGGUGGCCGAAGAAGCAAAGAAUGCACUUAUUGGGUUAGCUCGAGAUAUUCGAGGUCUAGCGUUUGCAUUCAAUACGAAAAUAUCUUACAUGAUGUUUUUCGAAUGGGUUUAUCCCAAUUACACUUCUAUAUUAUUACAUGCCAUGGAACUGUGGUAUCAUGAUCCUCAGGUUACUACUCCAGUUUUAAAACUUUUUGCCGAAUUGGUUCAAAACAGAUCUCAAAGGUUACAGUUUGACGUAUCUUCGCCGAAUGGAAUUUUGUUAUUUAGAGAAGCGAGUAAAAUCAUUUGUAGUUACGGGAGUCAUAUAUUAAAUAUAGAAAUAUCAAAAGAUCAAAUAUAUCCAUUAAAAUUAAAAGGGAUAGCUGUUUGUUUUUCAAUGUUAAAAGCGGCCUUUUGCGGGAAUUAUGUUAAUUUUGCAGUUUUUAGGUUGUACGGAGAUGAAGCUUUGAAUAAUGUUUUGAACACUUUUGUGAAACUAUUAUUGUCCAUUAAUUUGAGUGAUUUAUUGGAUUAUCCAAAGCUUUCUCAAUCGUAUUACGUUUUACUAGAAUGUUUGGCACAGGAUCAUAUGAGUUUUUUAUCAACACUUGAGCCUAAUGCUUUUUUAUACAUAUUAUCAUCGAUAUCGGAAGGUCUCACAGCUUUAGAUACAAUGAUUUGCACCGGUUGCUGUGCGACUCUUGAUCAUAUUGUGACUUAUUUAUUUAAACAAUUAACAAUGAAAGGGAAAAAGACUCAUAGAGGAUUGACUGCGUCCAACGAUAUGUUCCUUCAGGUUCUAGAAAGACAUCCGGAAAUCCUUCAGCGAAUUCUUAGCACUGUACUCAAUGUGAUAAUGUUCGAAGACUGUAAGAAUCAGUGGUCCAUGUCCAGACCACUUUUAGGAUUGAUUCUUCUUAACGAAGAGUAUUUUAACGGAUUAAGAGAACAAAUAAUACGAAAUCAACCCGUAGACAAGCAAGCUGCUAUGCUUCAGUGGUUCGAAAGUCUGAUGGACGGUAUUGAAAGGAAUUUACAGACGAAAAAUAGAGAUAGAUUCACACAAAAUUUAUCAAUGUUUAGAAGAGAUAUAAAUGAAUCGUUAAAAGGUCCUAAUAUGCCAGCGGCAUCAGUUUGCGACAUGGUAACGUCAUAG